CCAGUACUCUUGCCUGGAGAAUCCCAUGGACAGUACAGUCGCAAAGAAUCUGACACAACUGAGCAACUAACACUUUCAAUGUAUAUUCUAACAGAAAAACUUGAAAGGAAAAAAAGAAAUGUGGACAGGGCAAAACAUUUCCUCUUUUUAUAAACCUUGAACUGAUAUGCCCUUCACCAAUUACAUAGGGUCCCUUGGGCCUCAGAACUUUCCACAAACGUUUCGGUCUCUAUGGCGAUGCAUGACCGCUGAGGCCGAGCCCAGGUGUUAAGGCGGCGGCAGGCUCUGGGUGAGCCUGGGGAGAAGGUCUGGCUGCAGAAGCCACGGACGGUCCAUCCUGAGCCUUUUGGACGGACCGCUCCGCCUUGCCAGGAGUCUGCAGAGCCGCCUGGACAGGCCUGUCCUAACCUCCCCACUUGCCAGGGGAGCGGGCGCGGCACCCCCCCAGGUGGUAGCUCUGGAGGCGCCCGAGGGCCUCCCCUGGGACCCCCCUUCCGCUGAUGUUUAAACUUCGCCCUUCUGGCGCCCUCAGAGGCUGUGAGUCUGGUGAGAGCAGUCCAUUUUGCCUGGCCCCCUGGUCCCAUGCAGCCGUUCAGCAUCCCUGUUCAAAUUACACUCCAGGGCGGCCGGAGACGCCAGGGGAGGUCAGCCUUUCCUACCUCAGGGACGAGGAGACACACAGACCACGAUGAUGGAGACCCACCAGAUGUGCGCAGGAAGUGGCCAUCCAGUGCUGGAGAGGACCGGGCCAUGCUGCUGGGGUUUGCAAUGAUGGGUUUCUCUGUCCUAAUGUUCUUCGUGCUUGGAGUAACCAUCCUGAAGCCCUGCUUGCUCAGGCACAUUUUCACCAGGACAAGCCAGUGGGUGGAUCUUGAGUUGAUGAGGCAGGAAAAGAUGGGAAGAAAAUCAUUUAUUUACUUUUCCAAAUGGAAGCACUCAGAAGAAUCAAACUGCACUAUCAUCCAUGCGCACAUCAUGGACAACUGGAUGGACUGUGCAUUUACCUGUGGGAUGGACUGCCGAGGUCAGGGCAAGUACCCGUGUCUCCAGGUGUUUGUGAACCUCACCCAUUCAGGUCAGAAAGUGCUCCUACAUUAUAAUGAAGAGGCUGUCCAGAUAAACUCCAAGUGCUUCUACACACCUAAGUGCCACCGGGAUAGAAAUGAUUUGCUCAGCGGUGCUCUGGACAUAAAGGAAUUCUUCGAUCACAAAAAUGGGACCCCGUUUUCAUGCUUCUACAGUCCAGACAGCCAAUCCGAAGAUGUCAUUCUCAUAAAAAAGUAUGACCAGACGGUGAUCUUCCACUGUUUCUUUUGGCCCUCGCUGACCCUGCUGGGUGGCGUCCUGAUAGUUGGCAUGGUGAGAUUAACACAGUACCUGUCCUUCUUGUGUGAAAAACACAGCGCUGCAUUCAGGGAUGAGGUAAGUGGCAAAGUUCCUUACACGGCACAGCAUCAAUGCAGACUGUGGCGUGUGGGGAGGAGCGAAGGAAGGAGCGGAGAAACCUUGAGACGGUGGCCAAAUUCAAGUCCUGGCCCUCAGGUACCUGCAGGGUCUGCACUUGAGGACCUGAUUAUGCCUCCUCGCAAACUAACCGGGUAGAAACAAAGCUUGGUUACUUCAUGUUAAAAAGUCUCAUUGUGUAUUCUCUUCUAUAAAUAAAUAUAAAUCCACCAUC